GAUAAAUGUUUAUUUCAGAUCUUCGAACACAAAGUUUUAUAAGAUGAGAAGUGUACCUUGUCUCUCGUCUCUGCAGAGAUUUAUCACCCUAUUUUAGGAUUUUAUGGAGAUAAAUAUAUAUAUAUAUAUAUAUAUUAAAUAUUAAGAUUAGUAAGCAAACGUCGCAUUAACAUCGUAGAAGAUUGCUUCACGGAAAUACAUUAGAUCUUCGAUUUAUUAUCAUAUCUCAUCAGUGUGUAACCUGUACUUUGUAAGAAAUGACGGACACAUUAGAAAACAUUAAUCCAAAGUUAUAUAGGAAGAUAGAUGAAAGAUUAAUAACCGCAGAAGAUGAAGAUGAAGAUAUUGCGGAUGAAUUUGAUGCACGUGAAAUUUUUGAUCUUAUAAAAAACAUCAAUGACCCUGAACAUCCCUUAACAUUAGAAGAGUUGAAUGUGGUAGAGCAGAAUCUUAUUGAGAUUGAUAAUGAAGCAAACAAAAUUCAUGUAAAAUUUACACCGACAAUACCACACUGUAGUAUGGCAACAUUAAUUGGUUUAUCAAUCAGAGUUCAACUUUUAAGAGCUUUGCCUUCAAGGUUUAAAGUUAAUGUAGAAAUUACACCAGGUACCCAUAUGUCAGAAGCAGCAGUAAAUAAACAACUUGCUGAUAAAGAAAGAGUCGCUGCUGCUCUUGAAAAUAGUCAUUUACUUGAAGUAAUUAAUCAAUGUGUUGGAGUUAAGAGUUAAAUGAUAAAAUUGCAAAAUGUACAUUCUAAUACAAUAUUCUAUUACUUAUUCUUAUACAAAUACAUUUUCUUUUUAUUCUAA